AUAAUUACCUUCGUUUUAUGGCUGGGUUGAAACAAAAGCGGUUGCGUGACGUCUGUAAAAGGGGGUUUUCAGGGUAAAACGGACAAAUUAAAAAUAGUUCGGGGGCUUAAUGCGCCAUGAAUUUGCGAUGGCAGCAUAUAGACAUAUUGUUCUAUCAAACACACAAGUUGUUGUUGUCUGUGUUUUCAGCCAUAUAUAUAGAGAGUAAUUAUCACAUAUGUAAAAAUUAUCAUACAUAUGUGAUAUUUGAAUAUGUAUGUGUAUGAUGUUGAUUGACCCGAAACCUGAAGUUUCAGGGACUGAACGUUUGUACUUCCGGUUCACUUGACGCAACGUCCGUGUACCCUCGCCAGACUUGCAGUUCUUUCCUGAAGCCUUCUUCUAAUCAAGCGCGUUUCUUCAAAGUUUUCUCAUCGGAUGCGACAAAAUACAACUGACCGAAGCCCAAAGAAUCGAGACGUGGAUGAUGACGAGGAGUGCUAAUCCAGGCCACGACGAGCAACUGAAAAACGAAAGAAAAUGAGGUGUCCCACAGAUGUCACUGUAGAAGAUCUUCAACAUGAGAAGCACGAUCCCCUCCAUGUCAAACAGGAAGAGGAGUCCGAGAUGCCGUUCAUCAAACAGGAGGCAGAGCCAGAGACCCCCGACAUGAAAGAAGAAGACCAGGAAGUUGAAAUCAACAUGUUUCCAAUGUGUGUCAGUGUGAAGAGCGAAGAAGACAAAAGACCGAGGCAAGAGAGCGGAGCAGCGAACCUUUUGACCGACAGUCCAUUUCAGCACGUGACAGCAAAAGUAGAGGGACGAUCGCAACCGGACAGCCUCUCAGCACCGCUUUCGGACAGCGACGACAUAACGUCACAUUCUUCUGACUUUAAUACUGAUGAGGAGGGUGAUGACUUUGACCAAAAUGCUUCAAAAUCUUUAAAGAAGUCAUCAUUGAAAAGAGACACCAAGGAAUGCAUGGUUGGGAAACCUUUUCCCUGCUCAUUCUGUGAUAAAUCAUUUUCUUGGAAACGUAAUUUAAUGGCACACAUGCGUAAACACACCGGGGAGAAGCCUUUUGCCUGCACGCUUUGUGAUAAAAGAUACAUCGAUAAGAGAGGUUUAAACAUUCACACAAGCAAUCACACUGGAGAGAAGCCUUUCGCCUGCACAAUUUGUGAUAAAAGAUUUAAUCAGAAAAGUGAUUUAAAAACGCAUAAGCGUACACACACUGGAGAAAAGCCUUUCGCCUGCACACUUUGUGGUAAAGGGUUUUCUCGGAAGGAUAGUUUAGAAAAACAUAAGCGCAUACACACUGGGGAAAAACCUUUUGCAUGCUCACUUUGUGGUAAAAGAUUUGCUCAGAAAGGAAGUUUAGUAAGGCACGCAAGAGUUCACACUGGGUAAAAACCUUUGAAUUGCAGGGUGUGACAAAAUAUUCUGAUUCCUGCCACGCAUUUACAGUGGAAAAAGCAUUUUAUUUAUUCGGUUUCCCUUGAGCCUCUUUUGUUGUUGAAAUGAUUUUUCAGGUGCUGUUCUUUUUCUAUCCAAUAUAUAUGGCGGAAAACACUCAGGUGACUUGGAAGUUCCGCUCUGAGACCCCCAAUUUGACCAAAUUUCAAAAUUGUCCGAUAUGCAUGUGUGAUACAUUAUUGGAAAGCUUAAAAUCUCAAUUUUCUGGGGGAAGAUAAAUUUUGAACAGGAGGACAUAUAAGAAAAAAAAAUUUAAACAGCAAAACCCUAUCUGGAGGUGAGAGCACGCCAGAGCAGAAUUACAGAUGCCAUGACUUUAACGAGAUAUUAUCGUGUACUUGUUUCGAUCCAAAAACUCCAUGUAGCAUGUACGUAUCACUGAGUGUCAAGGCACAGCUGUGAAUUGCCACAGCUGUUUUUUGGGGGGAUUUUAUGGGUGAAAUAUAGUAAUAUAACAAGGGUCGCGAUGCAGAAAUCGCAGACAUCAAGGGGUGGUCGAGAUUUUCAUAUAUUUACCCCUUAAAGGUUUAUUUUUUCAAUUUUCCUUCGUUUGGAUCGGUUAUCUAAUAUCGGAGAAAAUGCGACAGUAACGAAAAAAAAUACAAUUAAGCGAUAGUUAUGUGUUAAUAUCUGUUACUUUUUUUCACCUUUUUUUUUCAUUGUGACAUUAUUUGUUUUAAAGUUGAAAUAUGCAAGUGAAUAAUUUUUUUGUCUUUUUUUUUUUUUUAAACGAAAUUUUAGACAUCAAUUAAUGAUUCGAAGCUAAAAAAGACACACAUUUUGAAAAAUAUAAUUCCCUUUGUUUUAUGGCUGGGUUGAAACAAAAGCGGUUGCGUGACGUCUGUAAAAGGGGGUUUUCAGGGUAAAACGGACUAAUUAAAAAUAGUUUGGGGUCUUAAUGCGCCAUGAAUCUGCUAUGGCAGCAUAUACUGUAGACAUAUAGUUCUGUCAAACACACAAGUUGUUGUCUGUGUUUUCCGCCAUAUAUAUAGAGUAAUUAUCACAUAUGUAAUAAUUAUUAUACAUAACACAUGUAAUAUUUGAAUAUGUAUGUGUAUGAUGUUGAAAGACAUGAUUCCAAGAACAUCAUGUUCGGGUCUUUCAAGAUGUGUGAUUUUUUUUUAAACUUCCUCAAUGGUAAAUACCGUAGUUUUUUAUUCACGUUGUAUUAAUUUAUCAAUUAUUUAUUUCAUAGAA